UUUAUUGACACUAUCGACCCGGCUUCGGAUUUGAUGUCCCGAAAGUGGUGUCUCCUUCAUAUCUCCUUCUUUAUUUGUUUGACAAGUGUACCCCCACUUAACUAUAACAUAACACUAUUAACUUUUAAUGAGUUAAAAAAAUAAUAAUAAAAAGUAAAUUAAAACCAGGGGUAGAGUCCCCUCAGUUCUUGCAAAACACAAAACAAUUGACCCCAAAUCAUAAUGAAAGAUCAAAUUCCAAAUUUCCAUCCCAAUUUUCCCUAGAAACAAACUGAAAAUUCUCUUUCUAGGAAGUCGAAGAAGCCGAAAAGAAAAGCAUCGCCGCUUUGUCAGAGGUGGGUGAGGUGGUGUCUCUGCUUGAUUUCAACGCCAGUCUGGGUCUUUCUUCAUAGAGCUUCGAGCCACCAUUUCCAUGGCCAGUGACAAAAUCCAUCGCAUAUGGAUUCUUCUUGUCCAUCAAUGGUGAACCCGCCUGUAAGCAGAUGACGUCUUCAAUUUUUUUUCUUCAAACCCAGGUGCGCCCAGAUCCCACCCCAGAUCCGUCAAUGUCCAUCUCAAAAACCAACAUAUUAAGGGAGGGGGUGGGAGUGGGCAUCGGCAGUGACUGGAAACUGGGGAAUUGUUUUGUGUUUUGCAAGAACCGAGUGGACUCUAGCCUUGGUUUUAAUUUAGUUUUAAUUAUUUAUUUUUUUAACUUAUUAAAAGUUAACAGAGUUAUGUUAUAGUUAAGUGGUAGUACACGUGUUAAACAAAUAAAGAAGAAGACACGAGGGAGAACACUUUCGGGACAGCAGAUCCGGAGCCCUAUCGACCCCCCCGCUAUCUACAAACAGAGUUUCAACUUUCAGCUUCACUCAUUUCUCACUGGCAGACACUUCUCCUCUCCCGCCCUGAGCCUGAGUAGCAGCAGUUAAGAAGGAAAAUGCAUCGUGUUUGGCUUUAGGCGAUUGCUGCAAUUUGGUUUGUCACCUAGCUUAGCUAUCCUGGGGUUAUCUUAUCAAGUUAUACAGACUAGUUGCAUUGUCAGGAAACUAUCAUGUUAUGCCUUCCAUAAUAUGUAGCUAGAACACUAAAGAUAUUGGGACAUCCAGUACCAUGGCGCUGCCGCUGGUCUCAGUGAAUCCGUCUACUACUAGUUCCUGUGCUUGCAGUUUCCAUGCAUCUCAAUCUAGCUACUUUCUUCUUCAACCGUAUCAAACAAUUCAAACCCAUUAUUCCAAAAGUUGCAGAACUCUCAGGUUCAGAGUUUCGUGUAAGACUGGCCAAAUUGACACCCAGGAGCAACCCCAAAGAAUCAAAGUAGCUUUUGAGCCCACAAAGAAGAAGAGGAAGCCCAAGCCAAGCUUCUUUGAGCAAAUACAGGACAAAUGGUCUAUGAAAGUCAAUUCCCCAAGAGAAAAUUUUCCAUGGCAAAAACAAAAUGUAGAACUGGAAGAAGAAGAAGAGGAGGAGGAGGAGGAAGAGGAAGAGGAAGGUCAGAAAUCUUCUGGAGUUUCUGCGUCUGAACCAGUGAAACAGACAGUGAGUGUUUCUUUGCCAAACCGUGUAGUUUAUGCUCCUUGGUCUCAUGGAAGCAAACCCAUUAAGCCCCAGGUGGAUUACGAGCCUGCAACCUCACAACACAGUGUUGCACAAGGGAAAAAUCUAGGUGGGUUUGUUAGGCACUCUGAGAUUGAUACUACAAGUGGUAGUGUUGAAAAAGAGAAGAGACUUGAGCAACAGUUUGAUAGUAAUAGGAAACUGGGGAGAGAAAGUGUUGGGGCAAAUGGUGGAAUUUCAAAUGGGAUUUCAAAAGAAGAGGAGAAAAUGAUUUCAAAAGGCUCAAAUGGAAUUUCUUUCAAUGAAACUCUAUCUGUGGAUGGUGGAAACGAUGAAAAGAUUGAAAAAGAGAAGAGCUUUGAGCAACGAUUUGAUAGUAAAAGGAAGCUGGAGAGUAAAAGUGUUGGGGAAAAUGAUGGAACUUCAAUUGGGUUUUCGAAAAAAGAGGAUAAAAUGAUUUCAAAAGGCUUAAAUGGCGUUUAUUUCGAUGAAACUAUAUCUGGAGAUGGUGCUAAUAAUGAAAGGGUUGAAAAUUUUGUGCAUACUCAUAGUGGUUCUUGUGAUUCUAUCCGGUUGCCUUGGGAGAGAGAAAGUGAGUUGGGUUCUGAGGAAGGUGAUAAGGCAAGGAAAAGGAGGAGCAACACAGAUUUGGCGGAGCAAAUGCUUCCGGAUCACGAGUUGAAGAGGCUGAGAAAUGUUUCUUUGAGGAUGUUGGAGAGGAUAAAAGUCGGAGUUUCUGGCAUCACACAGGCAUUGGUGGAUACUAUACAUGAGAAGUGGAAGGUCGAUGAAGUGGUCAAGUUGAAGUUUGAAGAGCCAUUUUCCCUUAACAUGAAAAGGACCCAUGAGAUAUUAGAGAGUAAAACCGGAGGUUUGAUUAUAUGGAGAUCAGGCAGUUCGGUAGUGCUUUACAGGGGAAUGACGUAUAACAUUCCUUGUGUACAAUCAUAUGCUAAACAGAGUCAGAGUAAUUCACUUAUGCUCCACCACACAGAAGAUGCUACAAGGGAUGGGAUGCACAAAGUAGGAAUGAAGGAUGUGUCUAGGACUACAGAUUUUCCAAGUCUUGAGUCUGCAGAGUAUUUGAAGGAUUUAUCUCAACGUGAACUCAUGGACUUGAGUGUCCUAAACCAUUUAUUAGAUGAGUUGGGUCCACGAUUUAAGGAUUGGAUAGGCCGUGAGCCUUUGCCUGUUGAUGCUGACUUGCUUCCUCCCAUGAUUCCCGGAUAUAAAACUCCUUUCAGACUUCUCCCUUAUGGGGUAAGACCUGGUCUAAGAAACAAGGACAUGACAAAAUUCCGUAGGCUUGCUAGAACUGUACCUCCGCACUUUGCUUUAGGAAGGAAUAGAGAAUUACAAGGUCUGGCUAAUGCAAUGGUGAAGCUUUGGGAGAAGAGUGCUAUUGCAAAGAUAGCCAUCAAACGUGGAGUACAGAAUACUUGUAAUGAGAGGAUGGCGGAAGAACUAAAGAGGUUGACAGGGGGUACACUUCUCUCUAGAAACAAAGAUUUCAUCGUCUUUUACAGGGGUAAUGACUACUUGCCGCCUGUUGUCACUGGGGUUUUAAAAGAGAGGAGAAAAUUAAGAGAUCUCCAACAAGAUGAGGAAGAACAAGCACGACAGAUGGCCUCAGACUUUGUUGAGUCAAAACCUGAAGCUUCUAAAGGCCAAUUGGUUGCUGGAACCCUUGCUGAAACCUUGGCAGCAACCACUCGCUGGAGAAACCAACUGACUAUUGAUAAAGUUGAAAAAAUGACAAGAGAUUCAACUUUGGCUAGACAUGCAUCUUUAGUCAGACACCUCGAGAAGAAGUUGGCUCUUGCAAAAGGAAAGCUCAGAAAGGCUGAGAAGGCUUUAGCAAGAGUGCAGGAAAGUUUGGAACCAUCAGAUCUCCCAGAUGAUUUGGAAACCUUAACCGAUGAGGAUAGGUUCUUGUUUCGUAAGAUUGGUCUCUGUAUGAAACCCUUUCUGCUUCUAGGGAGGCGAGAGGUUUACUCUGGUACCAUAGAGAAUAUGCACUUGCACUGGAAGCAUAGAGAGUUGGUGAAGAUAAUCGUUAGGGGAAAAAGUUUUGAGCAAGUCAAGCAUAUUGCAAUUUCUUUGGAAGCGGAGAGUGGAGGGGUGCUAGUGUCUCUAGAUAAAACUACCAAAGGUUAUGCAGUCAUUGUUUAUCGCGGGAAGAACUAUCAAUGCCCUCUUCCAUUGAGGCCUAGGAAUUUAUUGACAAGAAGACAGGCAUUGGCUCGGUCAAUUGAACUACAGAGACGCGAGGCAUUGAAGCAUCAUAUCUCAGACUUACUGGAGAGAGUUAAGCUCUUGAAGUCCGAACUAAAGGAAACGGGAAAGGGGGAAAUGGUCGAUGGUGGAAGAACCUUGCCUUCAACAGUAGAUGAUUAUUCUAUCCCCAGUGAUGAUAGUGACGAGGAGGAAGGGGAGGAGGCAUAUCUUGAAGUAUAUGAUUGUGGCAAUGUGGAUGACGAUAACGAAAAUGAGACUGUUGAUCAGUUUAGUAGUUAGUCCGCAAGCUGAUUGUUACUUCAGAGUUGAAGAUAGGUUAUGUCGGAAAAGGAGAUGUAUAGUUUCUUAUUGCUGAGUGAAUGAAUGAGUCGGCACAAAGGAAUGGUUUUUGAUACUAAGCUGCUGUGAGAAUAAGCUGAAAUCAAAGGAAAAAGCUGAAACUGCUAUUUGCAGCUUUGGAAAACUGGUUUUUUUUCAA